GUCAAUAUGGCGGCCUGGGGGCUGCAGCCCUGCUCUCUGGGAGCGCUGGAUGGUGGAAGGCUGACAGCUCGUAGCUCCGCCUCUUCCGGUGCGAUCAUUCCGCUUCCUGUCUCCAUGGCCCGGUUGCUACCGCCGCUGUUUCUGCUGCUCCUGUGCGGCUCGGUUCGGCCGCUCUCCUUCUCCCUCCCGCCCAACAGCCGCAAGUGUCUGCGGGAGGAGAUCCACAAGGAUGUGCUGGUUACCGGGGAGUACGAGGUGUCCGAGCCGCACGGCCAGGGCCAGAUCCGCCUGAAGAUCACAGACUCUGCUAAUCAUAUCCUGUACUCCAAGGAAGAUGCCACAAAAGGGAAGUUUGCUUUCACAACUGAGGAUUAUGACAUGUUUGAAGUGUGCUUUGAGAGCAAGCUCCCUGCAGGGGCUGGCCGUAUGCCAGACCAGAUGGUGGUUCUAGUCAUGAAGCAUGGAGUUGAAGCAAAGAAUUAUGAAGAGAUUGCAAAAGUUGAGAAGCUGAAGCCGCUAGAAGUGGAAUUGCGACGUCUUGAAGAUCUGUCAGAAUCCAUAGUGAAUGAUUUUGCCUACAUGAAGAAGAGGGAGGAAGAAAUGAGAGAUACAAAUGAGUCAACCAAUGUCCGUGUCCUGUACUUCAGCAUCUUCUCCAUGUGCUGCUUGAUGGGACUGGCUACCUGGCAAGUCUUCUAUCUCCGACGCUUCUUCAAAGCAAAGAAACUGAUCGAGUGAUCGAUUUGCAAAUCCAGAUUAAAUCAUCCCACACCUUUCGCACGAGCACACUACAUCUCUCCCAUUCUGGCUGGUUGUUUUGAAAAGCCUUUUUUGCAGACCGUUCUUCAGCCUUCCAACCAAUGGUGAACAUUCAUGCCCCACUCCAACAGGUUAUGGGCUAAUGAAUCACACACAAUUUGGCCUAUUGAAAUUUGAGUCUAAUAUAAACUAACGUAGAACACCCCUUGUAUAUCCCCAGCAUAGCAGGACAAUGUCCCCAUGUCCUUCUUGUCUGGCUGAGUGUCUGACGGCCAAUACUCUGCAGAGGUUGUGCUGAUUCUGCUGUAAAUUUUGGAUAUUUUGACAAUAAAAAUAUGAAAACCUAAA